CUGUGAGUUCUAAUUCGGGUUACUUGAGAGAUGAGGAUGCCAUGGAGAUAAGUGUAUAGAGAGUGUCAGAAAGUAAUUGAUAUGGUUCUGGGCAGCACCCUCCAUAUCACCAUAGCAAGACGUGCAGACCCAAGAGUCAGACCAUUGGUUGAGCCUUGCUAGAUCCACCUGGUGCUAGCUGUGUGGCUCUAGUGAGCCACUUAACCAGUCUGUGAUUCAUCACUGGAAAUGGGGCCAAUAACGCCUCGUGGAGCCCUUGCGAUGCUCAAGGAAACCCAUGGAAAGUCCUGAAGCCCCUCUGGUGAGUGUACAGACAGAUCAUCGUGACAAGCACUGAUUCCAUACUCUAAUCAUUCUAAUCAUUCAGGUGGCCAGCUCACCACAGUGACCCACCUUGUUUUAGUUUUUCUAGUUGUUAAUUUUAUAAUCAAAAAGAUCAAGUAAGUAUUUACAUAUCUUUUAAGUUCAGUCUUUUUUUUUUAACCUUCAAAGCUUCAGGCUUUGGCCCGAUGAAAACAAGAGAAGCCUGUAUUGACGAGUGAUUCAGAAUCACAAAACCCAUCGCUGUUUUACUCAGCAGACCCGUUACGUUCCUUUGUGGCUUUCGGUUGGAAGACACCGUCGACUUGCUUUCACCUCCACUGUGCGUGUUUAGGUUAUGCCUUUGGCCACAGGCCUGGCCUUUCCAAGACUUGUUCCCCUUUUUCUUUUCAACUCCAAUUGAAGUAGAAUUUCAAGUGUAACCAAUAGGCUGUAAGCAUCUACUAAAUGCUAGGCACUUCGCUUAUUAUGCUGAAUCUUCCCAAUGACCCAAAAGGCACAUGAUACAAUCUUACUGUUGCAUGAGAGUCAGAGUUUUUGUUGUUGUUUCUUUGUAUUUUAUUUCUUUAUUUAUUAUCUUUAUUUUUAAAAGAUUUAUUUAUUUAUUAUAUAUAAGUACACUGUAGCUGUCUUCAGACACACCAGAAGAGGGCAUCGGAUCUCAUUACAGAUGGUUGUGAGCCACUCUGUGGUUGCUGGAAUUUGAACUCAGGACCUCUGGAAGAGCAGUCAGUGCUCUUAACCACUGAGCCAUUUGUAUUUUAUUUCUUUAAGACCUAGACCUUGUCUUUCACAGCCUAGGAUUCCAUAAAUCCUGUUCUUGAAGCUCAUCUAGAACUUGUGGCUUGGCUUGUGAAGACAGCCACUACAUAAAAUGCCCCCACUGGGAAAGAAAAAGCAGGUUCUUUUGCUCACAGCCAUCUGCUUUUUCUCCCUCAUGUGUGGCGCCCUAGUCAUGAGUACCCAGGAGCAGCAGGUGUCUCUGGCGACCAGCAGGUUCUACAGAGAGGUGUGCUGGAAGCUGAUGGUCCUGAGAGAAUUGAUGUUGGCCAGGCAGGAGGUCAUCCGUCUAAGCUUGUGAGCUCAGGAAAGUGUCUCUACCUGUUUGUCCACGCACUUUGCAAAUUUCCAGGGCACUGAACUCAUUAGAGAGACUGUAUUUGACUCAGAACAUCUUAGGCUGCCUCUCCAGACACGUCGAGAUUGCAGAGUGGCUCAAAUGCAGAGGCAAAAAAAGCAUUAUGGCUCUCGGGUAAAUGCAAGUCAGGGGAGAUAAUUACAUAUUAAUAGAGAUGUUUCUUGAAAGAGAAAGCUGUUUUCCCAAGCUCUGUGGGUAAUGACCCGGAUGCUGCAAACUACCUUCAGCAAGAAAGGAAGCAUAUGGGACAGUUAGGUGUGUGACUGACACGUGUAACAUCAUAAUAAAUUCUGACAGCUGGAUGCAUCCUGUGUGCUCAGUUCUCACACACACACACACACACUACACGUGUAAUUCUUACAUUGCUCUUGCCUGGUAGAAAAUGAUUUUGUCGUUAGCUGGGAAGAGAAAUUGAGACAUACCGACCUUUGAGUCUUCUCAGGGUCACUUGGGCAGUGGUUGACAAAGCUGGUGUUUGAAACUUGCCCUGGGUAACCAGAAUGAGUGUCAGACAUUGCUGUUUACAGCUCACACUCGAUGUAGCACACAGUUUACACCACUUCCCUUUCCUGCUGGCUUCUUCUUCUUCCUGGGCCCUGGAGAAAGAGCUUGCUAGGCCUCUGACAUGUUCCUCACAGCCAGUAGCUGCGUACUGACUCGUUGCACAGCUGGCCGUCCAUCUUAUCUCUCUUAGCAUCUGUCUGUGAGAAUCAUUGUUUCCACCCAUACUAUCUUACGUUCCCGUUAUCUGCCAAAUGGGUUUAUUUUCUCAGGUCUUUAAAAGAAGAAAAUAGGAUGAGCGAGGUGGCCCAGUUUUAAAAUGACUGUUUCACGAUGAGUGCGAGCACUGGAGUUUGGAGUCAAGGUCAUCCCAACGUUUUUCUGCUGCCUCGAGUUCUAAGUCUGAAAGGGCAACGUGGUGGUUUGUUAGACUACAGCAGAUCCUAAGGGGUAACUCACAAAGCUCUUGUAAUUCACAAGAGAGUAACUGAGUUGGGGGUUGGGAUGGCGGCAGUAAUGGAGGACCAGCCCUCCUGGGAACCAGCAGAUCUGAACAGCUCACCAAAUCUCUCUGCGCCCGUUUGCUCAUUUGGUGUGGGCAGAAAUAAUGCCAGGCGGCCCUGCAGGGAGUUGUAAGGAGAUAUGGUAGGAAAUCUGGAUAUGAUGGCUCAUGCCUGCCAACCCAGUGUUUGGGAAGGCUGAAGUAGGAGGAUCAUUACAAGUUCAAACCGGCGUUGGUUGCCUAGUUAGAUCCGGGUAUAGAGAGGAAGACUACCAAAACAAUCAAUCAAAAGGAGUACCCGGGAGAGCCCUUUAAAGCGUGGAGGAGCGUAUGCUUGAGGGGUUCUCAUGGUCUCGGGGCUCUUCCUGUUGCUGUCCUCGAUAGUUCGGUGGAAAUCUCUGCCCUCUAAUGACACGCUUUUAGUUUUCUAAAGGUUUUGAUAAAGUAGAAUUACUUGCCUGAGCUUAGAAGCAAUGACGUAGCGGAGUUGAGAAACUGUCCCCUCUGUCGACUUAAGAAUGCCAAGACAUAGUCCAAGUGAACUGAGAAGUUCCGAGCUCAAAGCAUGCCCUGUGCACACACAGGCUUGAGCACAUGGGUCCAAGCAGGACAUCCAUACACAUGCCUGUAGACACACACACACACACACACACACACACACACACACACAGAGAGAGAGAGAGAGAGAGAGAGAGAGAGAGAGAGAGAUGCGGUUGUGGAAGACAUGGGGCCAAUGCCUGGUUAGUUCUCCUGCUUCCAGACUUGAGAACCUGGACUCAUGGCCUUUUAAAAAUGAGCUGGGAAAUGUAUUUAACCAGAACUGUGGCUAAGUUGCAGAACUGGUUGAGGGGAUGAAACAUGAGAAGUACUUAGCAGCUUCUCAAGCUGAAGCAAGUGUGGGAGACCGGAGGGGAGGAUUGUUGUCUUUGGAUGCGGGAGGAAGUGCUCAGCUCUGGCAGGCAGGGCUGCUCAUUGUUUUGGUAGAAUGCCCAUUAUCAGACGUCUGUUUGGCAAGCUCAGUGGUGAGGUGUUUAGCCUUUCCAGUUACCGCAACAAGGAAGUACUGUGGGCAGUUAGUGAGCAAGAGGCCAGUGCGCAUGGCAGCUCCCUACACUGGAGAACCAUCUACCUCUGAAAAUGUACGGUGCUGAGAUUGAAAAACGGAUCUGAGGCUGCAAAUCUCUGAACACCAUGCCACAACCUCAGUUCCUCAGACCUAAGUAGGCGUGUUGUGCAGUAAGUGGGAUCCCAAUAGUCCUAAGACACGCCUGGUUGUAGAAACGGAGUUACUGAUGGCAAACCUUGGUGGUUCCCACUCAUGACCAAGUCACUCCUACAGACUGGCACCAGCAGCUGUUGUUCUCAACAAAAAGGGAAACUUCCUAGCUGUAUUUCCCUACCUGCCCCAAGGGCUUCUUAGCACCCUCUGCCCUGUUCCCCUCUGUGUUCUAUAGGCUGUCCUGUGAGCUUUUAAUGUCCCACUGGUUUGGAGUAGCAAAGACUCACUUUAUUCAGAAGCCAGAGACAUAGGAUUGAAUUCGGAAGCCUUCUCUGCUAUCCUGGAAUUCCUUCAUAAAGGUGUUCCGGCAUGGAGACCGAGGUCCCAUCGAGACCUUUCCUAAUGACCCCAUUAAGGAAUCCUCGUGGCCACAAGGAUUUGGCCAACUCACCAAGUGGGGCAUGGGACAGCACUACGAACUCGGAAGUUAUAUAAGGAGAAGAUACGGGAGAUUCUUGAACAACUCCUAUAAACAUGACCAGGUUUAUAUCCGAAGCACAGAUGUUGACAGGACUCUGAUGAGUGCUAUGACAAACCUCGCAGCCCUGUUUCCCCCUGAGGGGAUCAGCAUCUGGAAUCCCAGACUGCUCUGGCAGCCCAUCCCAGUGCACACCGUGUCUCUCUCUGAGGAUCGGUUGCUAUACCUGCCUUUCAGGGACUGUCCUCGCUUUCAAGAACUCAAGAGUGAGACUUUAAAAUCUGAGGAGUUCCUGAAGAGGCUUCAACCAUAUAAAAGCUUCAUAGACACCUUGCCAUCGCUGUCGGGAUUCGAGGACCAGGAUCUUUUUGAAAUCUGGAGUAGGCUUUACGACCCUUUAUAUUGCGAGAGUGUUCACAAUUUCACCUUGCCCACCUGGGCCACAGAGGACGCCAUGACUAAGUUGAAGGAGUUGUCAGAAUUAUCUCUGUUAUCUCUUUAUGGAAUUCACAAGCAGAAAGAGAAAUCUAGACUCCAGGGGGGCGUCCUGGUCAAUGAAAUUCUCAAGAACAUGAAGCUUGCAACUCAACCACAGAAGGCCAGGAAGCUGAUCAUGUAUUCUGCACACGACACUACUGUGAGUGGCCUGCAGAUGGCGCUAGACGUUUAUAAUGGACUUCUACCUCCCUACGCUUCCUGCCACAUAAUGGAAUUGUACCAGGAUAAUGGGGGGCACUUCGUGGAGAUGUACUACCGGAAUGAGACCCAGAACGAGCCCUACCCACUCACGCUGCCGGGCUGUACCCACAGCUGCCCUCUGGAGAAGUUUGCAGAGCUACUGGACCCCGUGAUCCCCCAGGACUGGGCCACAGAGUGUAUGGGCACAAGCAACCACCAAGUGCUGAGGGUCAUCCUUGCCACUACGUUUUGCCUGGUAACCGGGAUCCUGGUGAUAUUGCUGCUUGUUCUCAUCCGCCACGGACCCUGCUGGCAGAGAGACGUGUAUCGGAACAUCUGAUCAGACAGCCGACUUCCGGUGAUGUGUCUCCGUGAAGCAGCACCGGCAGGAAGCUCUUCCGCCACGCGGGCUCUGUCCUGCCCAUGCCCUCCGUUUAGAACUUGUCUAGAGAUGGUGUGAGCUCACCGCCUCAGGGUGAGUGCAGAGCUGGCACGUUAGUUCUGUCUCCUUGCCACAUAGCUGUGGUGUGGGCUGCUCACAGGGCUAGGGUAGGUCUCUUUUGCAAGGGACGCCUCCGUCCUCUCACACAGAGGUCCCGAGAGAAAUAAGAAGCCAAAUUCUUUCCCACACACCUUGUGACUACGAAGAGAAAAGGGAGAGAAAGUGGGACCAAGAUGUCGAUUAGAACAUACCAAGUAACUCGGAAUGUUAGUGUAGAAGUGGAGGGUCCGCAGAAAAAUGACUUUAGUUAUUCAAUAUGCCUCUCUUCCUCCCUCUCUCCCUCCCUCCCUCUCUCCCUCCCUUUCCCUCCCUCUCUCUUUCCCUCCCUCCUCCCCCCUCCCUCCCUCCCCCCUCUGUCUCUCUCUGUCUCUCUCUCUGAAAGGCAAUUCAAACCCAGAGUUUCAUAACUGACAAACUUCUGUGUGUACAUCUAACACACAUACACACACAUCCAUAUUCAAAAUGUCUUUAGGUGAACUGUAGCAUCAUUCACCUUAAGCACCGUUCAGGUCAUUUCCUCUCAGUUUCCAUACAGAGAAAUAACUGGAAAACCAGUAAGAUAAGUUCACCCCCCCCACCCCCACCCCCCUCACUGCCUUAUUUUCAUGCAGCUGCUAUCACAUUCACUUUUAAAUUAUAUCUCUUCAUGGUCGCUAUGAAAUGAUAGUUUUUUUUUUAACUUAUUUAAUUUUUACUGUAGUGCUGGAAUGCAAACCCCCUGGGUCCCCUGCAAGCGCAGAGAGUACUCUAUGUGAACUACGCCCUUAGUCCUCUAUGACUUUUGUAAGUGUCAACACAGAAAGUAAAGAUCCCGUGAGAAUGACAACCUACGGGCUUAAAUCCUAUUUCUUCUUCUAAAGUAGAAAACUCCAAACAAGAUGAAUGCAGAAGUCGCGUCUAGAUUUCAUUCUCGGUGAACAGCUUUAUUCUGCUUCCACCAAGUAUGAGUCAUGGUCCCAUCAAACGCUUCCAUGACGAGCACCACCCAUGAAGUCAGUAGGAAAAAGACCAAAAUGUACUUUAUACCGUGACAAUCUGCUCCAGACACACAAGCAUUCGGCUGGUGAUAAGUUUGAUCUUGUUCCUCAGUAGGUUGCCCUACUUCCUUGGGGUUGUCCAGAUUUCAAAAUAUGCCUGGUGGGCGGGGUUAGAGAAGGACCUCUCUCCUCUGACCGUGCUUCUCCACUCACAUGUGCUCUUCUGAGGACAGACUGAGAAGUUCAAGCUCCCAACACCAUACUCAGAAUUCACCUUGCAGGACUGUCUAGAUGUGGGGUGCUGGGACCUUUGACUCCCAGCACGGAACUCUGCUCUCCACACAGAUCCUCACCCCAUCCCUCGAGGCCCACAGGUUAAAUACGACUCGCUCAUGUCUAUAGCCUGUACUUUUAAUAUCAUUCUCAGUGAGCCAGAGUCAUUGAAAACAAAACUCAAAGAGCUCGCUCUCUCUCUCUCUCUCUCUCUCUCUCUCUCUCUCUCUCUCUCUCUCUCUCUCAUGCAUGUAUUUAUGUGAGUAUGCAUGUGAUAUGAGCACACAUGUGUGUGUGCUGUCUUCUCACACGUGCUCAGAGAACAAAGGAGGAUGUCACACGCCCUGCUCUAUUAUUUUUCUUAUUACCUUGAAACAAGACCUCUCACUGAACCCAGAGCUAUUCUGACAUCCAGCAAGCCCCAGUGAUCCUUCUGGCUUGUCUCCACAACACUGAGGUUACAGGGACACAGGGCCACACUCAACUUUUGACAUAGGUGCUUGGGACCUGAACUUGGGUCCUCAUGCUUGGACAGCAAGGGCUCUUACCCACCUACCCAUUUGCCCAAUCCCCAGGACCUACCAUCUCUUUGAUUACUGUAUAGAGAGCUCUCAAGCUUACCAUCACUAUGUCCUUUAUCUUCUUCCAUUGGUAAAUACCAUAGCCAGUUUUCAUACGCCGUGGCAGAAUCCCAAGUGACAAAUGCUCUAUAGGGAUUGUGCAAAGCACACAAAUGAACUGUAGGGUGUCUCAGAAAAUAAGCAACUUCGAGGUUGGGGAUUUAGCUCAUCGGUAGAGCGCUUGCCUAGCAAGUGCAAGGCCCUGGGUUCAAUCCCCAGCUCCGAAAAAAGGAAAAAGAAAAUAAGCAACUUCAACAAGAGGGGAUGUGAACUCCUGGUACUGAUAACCGCUUGGUAGAUGGGACCAAUGUGACCAUUCUGGUUGCCAUGGUGAUAUUGUUGCAAGAGCAUCACUAGAGCUGCGAUCACCUCUGUUGUGAUGUGUGUUCCUUAUCAUUUGAGAAGCCUUUGCAUAGCACUGCCAUGUAGCAAUCACUAACUUGUUGAUAGUAAUUAUAAAAACCACCAGUGAUGCAUAUACAGGAAAACAGAGACAGAGAGAGAGAGAGCUAGGUUAUCCUGUGCUUUGAUGGCAUAGCACAGAGAAUUGGGAAACUUGUGGAAAAAAAAAUCCUACUGCUUAAGAAAUGGCAUACGUGAGGCUCCGACUGGCAUUCACUGGACAGCUUUUAUAUGGAGACUGACAUUUCUUCACUCAGCAGCUUUUUAUACAUUUCUUCCCUGGAUUUACUUGUGUUUCCCAUUUUCUCAACUCCCUGCCCUCUUUCUAUCUUGCUCUAAUAUUGUUAGCAUUGAUUCCUCACAGUCAUGGAGGCUUCUGGUUUUUUUUUUUAAAGCCAAAUUAUAACUGCUUUCUCUUUCAAACCCCUCUACAAAAGACCACAGGAGCAAUAGUGAAAUGUUGGCCCCCUAGAUAGGGCUAAGAGACACAAAGAGUCACACUCGUGGUCUUAAAUGGUCCACAGACACAUUUGUAAUGUUAAGCUUUUUUUUAAAAUGAAAUGAAUUCUAACAUAAAAUUUUUAUUUAAUGUAAUGCAUGUAAGAUAACAUUUCAGGAAAAAGUGUUCAUGGAAUAUUUUAAGGCAAUUUUCAUACUAAGUAUUCAAAAAUGUGAUGUGAUGUUUUGUUCCAAGUUGGAGUAGCCACCUUUGAGGACUUGGGAGUCCCUGGUGGCUCCCAUACUGAAUAGUUCUGGCCUAGGCCAUUAGAUGACAGCCUAAUCUUUUUAAAGCAGAGAAAACACAUCCUUUAUUUAUAAAAUAAGCUUUUGGGUAUUGUGAAGAAACAGACAUCAUCUUUAGGACGGGGAAACAGCUCUCUGACGAAAUGCCUGCCUAGCAUAGACAAGCCCUGAGUUCCAUCCCCAGAACCACAAUAAACCAAAGUAAAGCAAACACA